CUUCGCACACUAUCGAGAGAGAGAGAGACAGAAACUCUGAGAGCGACAGUGAAAGAGAUAAUAGAGAUUUGGAUUUGUUUUGGAAGAGGUCUGAUUUCAGUUGAUCGACAGAAACACUGAGAGAGAAGUAGAGAUCGAUAGCAAGAUUUGGAUCCAUAUUAAGCCAAGAUUGUGGUGUUUUGAUAGAAAGAGAAGUAAGAGUGUUUGGUUUCAAUUAUCUUUUGUGUUGGUGGGUUUCGGGAGAGUCAGGAUUGCAGAUUUGGAGAACAGAUUGCAGUCAGAUUCCUUAACUGUUAUUGAUCCAGCAUCUGAUUUCGCAACCCGCCGUCCACCUUGAUAGUCUGCAAGACUUGAUGUCCGUCUACAGGUGUAUGAAUCUAAGAACCAUCCAACCAUGGCACAAUUUAGGCACAAAUUACCUCAUCUGUAAUACACAAGCGCGUCCUCUCCUUCCCUCUCUAUUCUGCUUCACCGCCAAAAUGAUGGAGGAGCAAUUCGUACUCAGAGUCCCACCUUCAGUUGCAGAGAGAUUAGAUCGUCUUCUCAGUGAGAAUGCUUCUUCAGACGACAAGUCGUUGGAUUUGUCUUUCGAAGAGGAUGGCCGGAGUGGAACAUUUGUAAUUGGCAAUGACCGGUUCCCUGCAUCGCUCUUGGAUCUUCCUACUGUUGUGGAAUCCUACAAAACGUAUGACGAUAGUGUGUUAAUUAAGACUGCAGAUAUUGGUCAGAUGAUUAUGGUUAGAGAUCCAAAUGAUCCUGCUCCAGAUACAGUUGAGUACAGGCAUGGUCUCACCCCUCCGAUGAGGGAUGCUCGAAAGCGAAGAUUUCGCAGGGAGCCUGAUCUAAAUCCUGAGCUUGUCCAGCGUGUUGAGCAAGAUCUGCUGAACAUUAGUGCUGGUGGACCAGCUGACAAUGUGGAUAUUGAAGUAGCUGAGCAAGAGAAAAAUCGAGAUGGCAAGACUGGUAAUACAAGUAAAAACCCUGCACCAGCACCUGAAUCAAAAACUGAUAUUCCUGAGGCUGCUACAAACACAGGGGAGCCUGAUGGAGAGCCUGAUAGAAGUGAUUCGGAUGAAUCUGACGAUUCAAUUUGAAGCAAGCCCUUGUGCUGAUAUCGUUUCCCCCGUCAAGCUUCUUGAUGAAGUUAAGAUGUGCAUAUCGAAAAGAACAGGGAUGAAAGCUUGUUUUCUGAAUGAUAGCAUAAAUUUAUGUUGUGUUGAUAACAUUAACAUGUAUGCUAACAUUAUUUUUGAUCUCCUCCUAGUCGGUUUGCCAGUUCUGAAUAUCCUCAGGAUUCUCAAAGAACUUGUAUGAUUUGGUAGUAUAUGGUGGAAAACUUGUCUACAAGUUUGUACUUUUGCAAAGCUAUGCCAAGUUUCAUUUCUUCGUUCCAAA